AUGACCGACGUCGAUGCCUUUAGGGAUGCGGAGCACAUCGCUGACGUCUCUGGCAUUGCCUUCGACGAUGUGGAACCGGGGCCACCCGCGCCGGCGGCGACCAGCAGCAGCAACCGUAACCAGGAUAACCCCCGCGUGAAGAAGCUCAAGUCAGCCGCGAAGGUCGCGUUUAUCGAUCGGUUACUUCGUGAUCUUGAUAUUUUGAUAUACUGUGAACUAUCGGCGGUGUAUUAUAUGGACUGCUCUAUCAUUCUUUUUGCCAUUCGCGCCGUUAUUCAACUAAUAUUUUUCACGCCUAAAGCGCCACCUUUCGACCCGACUCGUAACCAACCCUUCGUCGGCGCCAUUAUUGCCAGCAACCUAUUCUGCAUGGUCUGCCAUGCCUUUUUCGUCCGCCCCGAAGCUGGCGAGUCCACGCGGGGAUAUCUGCAUGGUGGUCUAUUCAUCGAUUUCAUUGGACAGACACCAGUGCCCGUGUUUCGACUGCUGGCCUUCGACGUACUGAUUCUCCUAGUCGAUUUCGUUAUGCUGGGAUUAAUUAUUGAGCGGGUGAAGAUGGUGGGAUCCAAGGGGGUGGCUGCCUUGCUUGCGAAUAGCAGUGGUGCCACGAACACGAAUGCAGAAGCAAAUACGGAGCAGUCGGGACAGCAACAAGAUCAUGAUGCAGAGGAACGUGGCGUGCGGAGUAAUGAGGACACGGACGAUAUCAACGAUUCUGCGCUGGAGAACACCACUGCGGAUACGGUCCCCGUGCCGGAGAUUGAUGAUGAUGUACAUGAUGAACGAACGACACUGUUAGCGGACCCGGGCGAGGGCAGUACAGAGCCAGUACUGAGAGACGGCCAUCCGUUGGAUUCAUUUUCCACGGGUCAAGCAGUGAUUAUGGAUAUGGGCUUCUUCGCUACAAUACGUGAUCAAUGGCAGUACUCGACCACGCCGAUUAGACGGGGAGGAGAGCACUAUGCGCCCUCACCACAGGCGGCCACUUUCCUUCGGGAGCGAUUGGGGCUACAAGUUGGGGUUGAUGGCCGCCUUGUACGCAUAGCACAAUAA